AUGAGGCAAACCGCGCCCCCGGGCAUUGCUCUUCACUCAUAUCUCGUCCCUGACGUCCCUCCUCCUGGCGACCUUUGCCGCGAGCUCGUAGCCAGCCUUUGUGCCGAGGCGAUGGCCCAUGAACCAGCUCAGGACAACGAUGAGGGGCAGGCCGAUGCCGAUGCCGGCGCCCACGCCGAUCUGCCAGUUGCGCUGCUGCUGGCCGUAGAGGUCGGCGUCAAAGGCCUGCACGUUGCGCACAAACUCCUCGGUCCAGCUCGUGUGCACGAGGAACUGGUCCGACAGCGCGGGCGCGCGCUGCCUUUCGGAGCCUCUGGCGUCUGGUUGGCUGAUGCGCAGGUAGUUGCUCACGUCGUGCGUGGCCGCGAUGGCCUCGCCGGAGCUGAUGUUGGUGUGCUGCGUCGGGAAGCUCAUCAGGAUGUCCAAAGGGUCGAACUUGAAUGA